CGGGAACCUUGAUCUCGGAUUCGCAUAUUAUUUAUUUACUUUCCCAAUCAACUAGGGUUUACUGAGCAUUACCGGCGUGUCGACUACUUGCUCUUCAAUCUCGCUAUAAUGCUAGCUUUAGCUCCUCUCUUCAUUCAUCGCAGUGUUUUCCAAUUUAGUUAUGUGACGUGUCCGCAUCUGGACCGCCCAUAUAGCAGAAAUACCAAAUUAAGACCGUGGUUUGCAGGAUCCGACCAUUCUUUGUAUUCCUCUUCACUCUUUACUAACCCUAAACCCAACCCCUUCUCUUCUACUCUCUCUCUCGACUUGUGUGAUUUCCAUGGCUGCCAACACCAUUUCGCCUUCCACCACCUUCGCCGUCUCGAAGAGUACUCUCCACUCCCGCGGCUGCUUGAUUCCCAUUUGCUUCCCUUCAAAGUCUUUUUCUACAUCUAUCUCCAUGUCUCCGGUUCGAUCAUGUACGAGCCAGCUCUCCAUGACUCCUCCCACAGUCGUCGAGGUUGAUUUGGGUAACCGGAGUUAUCCCAUCUAUAUUGGUGCCGGGUUGCUCCAUCAACCACAACUUCUUCAAAGGCAUGUUCACGGAAAGAGAGUGCUCGUUGUCACUAAUGAACGCGUUGCUCCUCUUUACCUUGACAACACUCUACAUGCUUUGACUAAUUGUGCAAAUCCCAACGUCACUGUGGAGUCUGUUAUUCUCCCUGAUGGAGAGAAAUUCAAGAACAUGGAUACUCUCAUGAAAGUCUUCGACAAGGCCAUUGAGUCUCGCCUAGAUCGACGUUGUACAUUUGUUGCCCUUGGAGGUGGAGUUAUUGGCGAUAUGUGUGGCUAUGCUGCUGCUUCUUACCUCCGUGGUGUUAACUUCAUCCAAAUCCCUACCACUGUUAUGUCACAGGUUGAUUCUUCUGUUGGUGGCAAAACAGGCAUCAAUCAUCCUCUUGGAAAGAAUAUGAUCGGCGCAUUUUACCAACCACAGUGUGUGCUUGUUGACACUGACACCUUGAACACACUGCCUGACAGGGAGAUGGUGUCGGGUCUUGCUGAAGUGAUCAAGUACGGACUUAUCAGGGAUGCUGACUUCUUUGAAUGGCUAGAGAAGAACAUUGCGGCCCUGCUUGCUAGGGAUCCGGCUGCGUUAGCUUAUGCUAUAAAACGAUCAUGUGAAAACAAGGCGGAUGUUGUGUCACAGGAUGAGAAAGAAAGCGGCUUGCGAGCUACCCUCAAUUUGGGUCAUACAUUUGGCCAUGCCAUAGAAACUGGCUUUGGGUAUGGUGAGUGGCUCCAUGGAGAAGCUGUUGCAGCUGGCACGGUAAUGGCAGUGGAUAUGUCAUAUCGUCUUGGCUGGAUAGACUACUCGAUUGUUGAGAGAGUGAACAACAUAUUGAUACGAGCGAAAUUGCCGACAACACCGCCAGAGAGCAUGACCGUCAGCAUGUUCAAAUCCAUAAUGGCGGUGGACAAGAAAGUAGCAGACGGACUACUGAGGCUGAUUCUUCUGAAAGGUCCGCUGGGAAACUGCGUUUUCACGGGAGAUUAUGAUCGAGAGGCAUUGGAUGCCACGCUCCGCGCAUUCUCCAAAUCCUGA